AUGAAUUUCACUCAUCUCCUACGAUCUUUUACCAACACAAGCUCAGCUCCCAAAGGCAGAGCAGUUCACGCCAUGCUUAUCAAAUCUGGAUUCUUCCCAGAUGUUUACACGUACAACCAUUUAAUCACAAUGUACUGUAAAACAAACCGUAUUAAUGAUGCCCGCCUAGUGUUCGAUAAAAUGCCUCAAAGAAACCUUAUUUCUUGGACGACUUUAAUUUCGUCUUAUUCUCAUAUGGGUUUCUCGGAUGAAGCUUUGGAUUGUUUUAGAUCAAUGGUCGCUGAUGGCUUUGCUCCGAAUCACUACACCUACGUCAGUGCUUUAUCUGCCUGUGCUAACUUAGGUGUUUUGAUCACAGGUAAAGAAAUUCAUGCAAUGAUUAUAAAGUUCGAGAACAAAUUAAACAGCUUUGUAGAAAAUUCUUUGGUUAAUUUCUAUGGUAAAUGCGGGAUGCUGAGGAAUGCAAUGUCUAUUUUUAAUGAAAUUUUGGACCCAAACGAGGUUUCUUGGACUUCACUCGUUUCAUGUGCUUGUCAAUGUGGAGAAUACUUUGAAGGAAUAAAGAUUUUCUCCAAAUCCCACAAAGCAGCAGUAAAGAUCAAUGAAUUUGCAUGUGCAACUGUUCUUGGUGCUUCUGCUGCUGUAGAAAACAUGAAUCUUGGCAUUCAACUCCAUUCAUACACAAUAAAAUGCGGAAUUAGAAUGGACCAAUUUGUCAUCACUGGAUUAGUCAACAUGUAUGCUAAAUGUGGUCAACUAGAAAUGGCUCUACAAGCUUUUCAUGAAGUCAACAACCCUCAUUUAACCACAUACACUGCACUCAUCCAGGGUUUUGUCCAACAAGGCAAAGGUAAAGAAGCCACUAAUCUUUUCCUUAAAUUACAUUCUUCAAAUCACAAACCAAAUGAAAGAACAUUUGCAACUAUUCUUGGAGCUUUCAUUGACACAAAAGAAAUCAAAAUCGGGACACAACUCCACUCGUUAAUUACAAAACUCGGUUACAUUUCCUUCACCUUUGUCGGGAAUUCACUUAUCGACUUCUAUUCCAAAAACGCCCUUCUCCAAGAAUCUUUAAAGAUUUUCCAAGAAAUGACUCAACACGAUGUUGUCACAUGGAACACACUCAUUUCUGGACAUAUGAAUUUAAAUUGUCACGAAGAAGCUUUACAGCUUCUUCGUGACAUGUUGUUCAAAGGAUUUGAACUCAAUCUUUACACUUAUUCAAGCAUUUUAAACAUAUGUGGCAAUCUGCCAGCUGUCGAGUGGGGGAAACAGACACAUGGAUGCAUCGUGAAGCACAAAUUUGAUUCAAAUGUUGUGGUUGGAAGUGCCCUUAUUGAUAUGUACGCGAAAUGCGGACGAUUAUCGAAUGCGCGUGUAAUUUUCGAUAAAUUUAAUUCGAAAAACAUUGUUUUGUGGAAUACGAUGAUAAAUGGAUACGCACAUCAUGGUCAUGGUAAAGAAAGUUUAGAAAUUUAUGAUAUGAUGUUGAAUUGUGGAGUAAAACCUAAUAGUGUGACAUUUAUUGGUGUUUUAUCUGCUUGUGGUCAUUCCGGGCUUCUAGAAGAAGGGUUACACCAUUUCCGUUGUAUGAGAAAUUACGAUAUUACCCCUGGAACCGAUCAUUUAGCGUGUAUGGUUAAUUUGUUUUCGCGUAAAGGGCAAACGAAGUUGGCGUUGGAUUUUAUAAAUAGUUUUGAUAUUAAACCGGAUAAGGUGGUGUGGAGGUGUCUUUUAUCGGGUUGUAGAAUAAAUAAAGAUUUUGAAUUGGGAAAAUAUGCUGCUGAGAAAAUUCUUAGUAUUGAUCCGGAUGAUGUUUCGGCGCAUAUCAUGUUGUCGAAUAUUUAUGGUGAGUUAAAUAUGUGGCAUGAAAUUGCGAAAGUUAGGAAAGUUAUGAAAGAUAAGGUACUGAAAAAGGACACGGGGUAUAGUUGGAUUGAGUUGAAGAACAAAACGUAUUUGUUUUCUUCGGGGCAGGAUGGUAAUUUUGAAGCGGAGUGCGUAUUGGAAGUUUUGAAUGUAUUGAAUGAGCAAUUGUUUGAUGAAGGAUAUGUGCCUGGUGGCAUGUUAUAA